AUGGCUCAUGAGUUACUAGCUAUUUCGCGUAAGGGAAAAGGGCUGCCCGCAUCGAACGAUCAGUGGCAUCCUAAUACUCCUCAACGUCUCGUCCACAUCAACAAGCAGACAUCCGGAUGGAGGGUCAUCGAUACCGAGGGAAAACCUGCGGACUAUAUCGCCCUGUGUUACAGCUGGGCCGACCGGGCCGACCAGAACGAUCAAUCCAUCCAGACGAAACUCACCAAGUCCACUCUUGGCCUACGUGGUGAUUGGGGACGUGUGGAUGAUAUGCCUCUUCUCUACCGUGAUGCGUGCCGCAUUGCCAAUACUCUUGGGAUCCGGUACCUCUGGAUUGAUAGGCUCUGUGUCAUUCAAGACGACCCCGCGGAUCGUGAAGCGGAACUCUCGAAGAUCGCAGAAAUCUACCUCAAUGCGUCUGCGACAAUCACUCGACAACACGUUCCGGCAAUGUCGAUAAAAUCUCGGUUUACUUCACAGUGUAAGAUAGUAUUCGAGCCUUACUCAGUCUUGUGCCAUCAAUGUGCUUCGGUUCGCACGGAAGCGACAUCUCCGCGUCUCGCCGUGCUAGCUAAAACAGUACCAGACUUCCUGAAAGAUCAUAACUCGGGGCUUCUAGGACCGGGAUUUGGAUCCAAAUCAUUUAAUUUUGAAAUAAUCUCACUAGCAGUUGCAAUGAGUAAAGAUCAACAGCCGAGUGAAAACACAGGAGAGCAUGACGAGGAGCUAGGAAUCACGCAGGUUUCAAGUUUAUCAGACUCUGGCGGUCCAGGGUCGACAGACACUGCUCUGCAUGGAGCCAAAGAAGUCGCGAAAGAGGAUUCUUUGCUUGAUGAGGAUUUGGAAACGAAGGCCUCCGAAUCGGAGGGGUCGACAGUUUGUCAUGGCGAGAGAGCGUUUAAAACAGGGCCUGUCAAGCUGAAGAGUGGGCCCGAUAAUCCUGAUGCACCAGCCGCAGACCAUCGCAUGUCAGUGACUGAUACUUCCCUCGAUGAAGUCAUUGCAACAGAAAAUAGAAGAGUUCGGGACGGAAUCCAAGUUUAUGAACAAGGGAAAUCACUCGAUGCUAUCGCAGAAAUCGUUCGCGCACGAGAUCGCAUCAGUGCUUUUCGUGAAAGAUCAACGAAGGCCAUGACCAGUUACACUGUGUUCACCGCCUACCUUGCCCUUAUAUUCAUUGAACAAGGAUGCGCUCAAGGGGCUAUAAAUCUUCUUUCCGACUCGAAGAAAAUCCACGGCAGUGAGUUCAGACCAGAGCACGACAUCGAUUGUUGCAGGUGA